CUCAAACAUUACAAUCAAUCCAACGAAGCACACACAUUAACAUGUCUUUUAUUAGACAAUCCAAUACACCAAGAAAGAGGCACAAGAGAGAUCCUCAUCCCUGUAUUGAUCUAAAUUUGAAUCUUAUCUAUGUUUCACUUUCCACUCUCGGCAACAACCCCACAUAGGAAUGGCCAGCAGCUUCACUUCGUGAUGAUACCGUUGAUCUCCCCAGGACACCUUAUUCCCAUGACUGACAUGGCCAGGCUAUUUGCCGAACGUGGUGCUGUCAUCACAAUAGUCACAACUCCCCUUAAUGCCAUCCGGCUCAGACCAGCCAUCAGCCGUGCCAAUGAAUCUGGGCGCUGUAUCCGGCUUCUCCAGCUCCAGUUUCCACUCCAUGAGGCCGGCUUGCCAGAAGGGUGUGAAAAUAUGGAUGCAAUCCCCUCACGCAGUUUAUUUAGGAACUUCUAUGCUGCUGCUAGUAAGUUGCAGCAACCACUAGAACAAUUGCUUGAAGAGAUGGAACCCCGCCCGAGCUGCUUAAUAGCCGAUAACAACCUUGCUUGGACAGCUGAUGUUGCUGACAAGUUCCAUAUACCAAGACUUUUGUUUGAUGGGACAAGUUGUUUCAAUCUUUUGUGCUGUCAUAAUCUGCAAGCAUCCACGUUCCUCGAGAGUGUCUCUGGUUCAGAUCAGCCCUUUACAGUGCCUGGUUUACCUGAUCAAAUUGAAUUAACUAAAGCACAACUACCAUCGGGCUUUAAUCCGAGCAUGCAUGAUUUUAGAGAUCUUCAAGCAAAGAUAAGAGCUUCUGGGGAAAGAGCUUAUGGCGUGGUGGUCAAUAGUUUUGAGGAGUUGGAAUCAGAAUAUGUUAAAGCGUAUCGCAACGCAAAAGGAGAUAAAUCAGUUUGGUGUAUUGGCGCAGUGUCACUGUCCAACAAGGCAGACUUGGACAAGGCGCAGAGAGGUAACAGCUCCUCAAUCGAUGAAAACCAGUGCCUGAAGUGGCUUGAUUCAUUGCCUCAGAGCUCUGUUGUUUAUGCUUGUCUCGGAAGCCUUAGCCGCCUUCCGCCUUCACAACUAAUAGAGCUUGGUUUAGGCUUAGAAGCGUCCAACAGUCCAUUUAUCUGGGUGCUUAGAGGAGAUGAAAAUGGUGGAGAGAUGGAGAAGUGGAUCUUAGAGGAAGGAUUUGAAGAGAAGACGAAAGGGAGAGGCCUUUUGAUCCGGGGUUGGGCUCCGCAAGUACUGAUCUUGUCACUCCCUGCAAUUGGAGGGUUUUUGACACAUUGCGGUUGGAAUUCGACGCUGGAAGGGGUUUGUGCUGGCGUGCCAAUGGUAACAUGGCCUAUUUUUGCUGAACAAUUUUUUAAUGAGAAGUUGGUUGUACAAGUUUUGAAGAUUGGGGAGAGAGUGGGAAAUGAGAUAGCUGUUCCGUUAGGGGAGGAAGGGAGGUAUGGAGUCUUGGUGAAUAAGGAGCAGGUUAGGGAGGCUAUCGGAAAGAUAAUGACUGAAGGGAAAGAAAGGGAAGACAGAAGAGAGAGAUCAAGCAAGCUUGCAGAGAUGGCAAAGAAGGCAACAGAAGAAGGGGGAUCUUCUUACCUUGAUAUUACAUUGUUAAUGGAAGAUAUUAGGAAACUAGCCAUAGGCCAUCAAGCUUAAAGUCAUUAGCCAUUUGUGGAUGCAUUAUCUCUACUAUAAUAGCAUUC